AUGGGGAUUAACAGUGUCAACGCAUUACUCCAGCCACCACAUCAACAGUAUCAGACUAGUCGAAGGACAAAGGGGAGCAGCUCACUUCGGAACUGUACAGCCGCUUCAAGUAAUACUACAGCGAUCAGUGCCAAUGGUGCUACAGUAGCUACUCAUAUCAAGAAGUCACUGUCAUCCAAGAAUGAAGGCAAACUCUCCACAUUCGAAGGAGUGUUCCUUCCUACUUCCCUUAACGUUCUAUCGAUUUUGAUGUUUCUUAGAUUCGGGUUCAUCUUGGGUCAAAUGGGGAUCAUAGGCACGUUCUUUCUUCUAAUACUAUCCUACACCAUUAACGUCUUGACCACGUUAUCUGUCAGUGCCAUCUCAACAAAUGGUACCGUCAAGGGUGGUGGUGCGUACUAUAUGAUCUCUAGAUCCCUAGGACCGGAAUUUGGCGGUGCUAUUGGGAUCAUCUUCUUCAUUGGUCAGAUCCUUAACUCCUCGUUGAACGUCGUGGGUAUAAUAGAACCUAUUUUAGUCAAUUUCGGGGCUCCAGACGGUGACAUGGCCCAAUGGUUACCCGAUACUUAUGUGUGGCAGAACAUUUAUCUGACAGGUCUCCUUUUCCUUUGUACUUGUGUGGCCGUUGUGGGGUCAAGCUUAGUAUCCAAAACAGCCUUCUGGUUGUUUGUCAUGUUAACUAUCAGUACUUUGUCUAUACCUGUUUCUACCUUCUUCAAGACCCCAGGCUACUACUUAUCUCCGCCCUACGAUGGCAUCUUCUACACGGGUUUGUCUUGGACAACGUUUCAAAACAACUUGUGGCCAAAGUUCACAAGCGGUGCUGCUGGCUCAGUACUUCCUCCAGGCGUAAAGGAAAGCUUCCGUGAUUUGUUUGGUAUCUUCUUCCCUGCAACGGCCGGGAUUCUUGCUGGAGCUUCAAUGUCUGGAGAAUUGAAGACGCCCUCCAAAUCUAUUCCCAGAGGAACCAUCCAAGGUCUUGUAGUCACAUUUUGCUUGUACUCACUGGUAAUUUUGCUGAUGGGGUUCGCCAUCCCUCGUCAAAUGAUGUAUGUGGACAUCAAGAUCAUUCAAACCGUCAAUACGUCGGAUAUCAUCAUCAUUCUAGGAGAGUUAUCCACUUCUCUUUUCUCCGUUAUCAUGGGUAUUGUGGGUGCAGCUUCAAUGUUGAAUGCAAUCGCUGAUGAUAAGAUCUUACCUGGUCUUGGCAUCUUUACUACGAUGCAGAAAUCAAAGAAAGAGAAAGACAGGGCUGCAAUUUUGGCCAUUGUGGCUACUUGGUUCAUUGCUCAAGUUUUUUUGUUUGCUAACAUUAAUGUCAUUGCAUCUUUCAUUACCAUGGCGUUUUUAAUGACAUUUAUUGUUACCAAUUUGGCGUGUCUUUUAUUGAAGUUGGGGUCAGCUCCAAAUUUCAGACCUUCAUUCAAAUAUUUCGGGGCCAGAACAGCCUUUUUCGGGGUCUUGUUCUGUUUUGCAGCAAUGUACAUUGUUGAUGGGUUAUCAGCAACUGCAGUAAUUUUGUUCUUGAUGCUUCUUAUCUUCAUGAUCCAUUACAUGACUCCACCUUCUAAAUUUGGUGAUAUUUCCCAAUUAUUAAUCUACCAUCAGGUUAGAAAGUACUUGCUUCGAUUGAAAUUGAAUCUAAGUGUCAAGUACUGGCGUCCUCAAAUCUUAUUACUAUCUGAUGAUCCCAGAACAUCGUGGAACUUGAUUUGUUUCUGUAAUCACCUAAAGAAAGGUGGGUUGUACAUUUUGGGGCAUGUGAUUAUCAUGAAUGACGUUGAUGAACUGGAAGGAGGGUUCAAUCCUCAUUCAUACAAAGAAGUAGAGAAACAAAGGAAAGCUUGGGUUAAAAUCAGAGACUUAUCUCAAAUUAAAGCUUUUGUACAAAUCUCAGUUGGGCCUUCAUUGCCCUGGGGUGUAAGAAACGUUUAUUUAGGUAGUGGUCUUGGUGGUAUGCGUCCAAAUAUUACGGUAAUUGGGUUUUAUGAUUUCGUUAAACAUGGAGUGGACUUCUCCCUUUUAUCCAGUGGGAUCACGUCUUUACCUACAGACGAAUGUCGCAAGGAAAAGAAAGUUAGUAUCAGUCAAUGGGUACAAAUAGUUGAAGAUCUUAUUGUUAUGCAAGCCACGGUGGCUGUUGCCAGUAACUUUUCACAGCUACAACUUCCAAACUCUAAAGUUACGUCUACUUCUUUAUUUUCUACUCCAAAUUAUACCGACAAAAAGAAGAAGUAUAUUGAUUUAUAUCCAAUUCAAAUGUCAUCUAUUGACAAGUUGGACAAUGGAAAGUCUGUUUUAUCUACUAAUUUUGAUACCUACACCUUGAUUUUACAGUUGGGAUAUGUUCUUUCUUCAGUGAACGAUUGGAAAUACACCAACCACACUAUUAGGGUAGUAGCCUUUGUGGAAUUGAAGAGUGAGGUUGAAGAAGAACGUAAAAGAGUAUGUGAAUUGUUAGUAAACUUACGUAUAGAUGCCGAGGUUAAGGUUAUAUGCUUUGAAGAUAACCAAUUGAACACUUACAAUUUCAUUGUUAAAGGUUAUGCUAAGAAUAAAACCAAUAAAGAGGUAUAUGGUGGUAUUGAUGAGGUUUUGAAGAAUGAACAAUGGUGGAAAAACCUUAAGGAUGCCCGUGAAGCCUUAAGAGAAGUUGAAAAGCAAAGGUUCCGGAAGAAGGCCCAAAAAAUAGAUACUCAAGCUCGCAUAACGUUUGCUCCGUUGAACUUACAAUCUACAUCACCAAAUCCAACGGGGAUGAGUUUCCAAGGUAAAAGAAGGUACACCAUGUCGAAUUUGCACGAACGUGGAUUGUCUGUAUCGAUGAACAUCAAUGCCACGCCUGGUGGAGGAAUGGAUCCUUUCUUCCGAGAUCCUUUUGAAUCUGAAGACUCUAGCAGUGAAAGUGAAAGAGAAACGGAGACUGCUUCAGACAGUUCUGUCAGUAGUAUUCUGCAAUUCGAAUCAAGGAUGGUACCCCCUCGUAUAGAAAGUGGUGCACAGACACAGACAACUGAAUACCGAAACCAGUUGCGAAAGCCUAAUACUCAAGUUGAUAAGUUCAUGAAGGUCAACACUAAUAAUAUGAACGAUGACGCUUUAUCUACGAGGUCCAGCAGAAGUGCAUUGUACUUGAAGCCUAACUUCCAGUCUGUAAUGAUUCCCCAGACACAGUUGAAUGAUGAUGAUGAUGGCGGUGGUGACGAUGCCGGAGAUUAUUAUGGAAAGAGUCCGGAAGUUUCACAGAGAAGGAACAUUGGCUUUGUUGAUGAUGUAGACGAGGAAGAGGAAGAGGAAGUAGUUGAAGUUGAAGGAGAAGAAGAAGAUGAUGAUGACGUGGCUGAGGGAUCUGAACCUAAAGGAGAGAAAGUAACAGAUGUGAAGUCGUCUGGAAUAAUACCUAAAUCUGGUUCUAUCAGUCCUAAGAACCCCAUUGGAUCUCUUCAGCAACAAAGAGGACUUCCACUUAAUGCCAAAGACCUUGAAUACAGACUUAAUUUGCAUGCUACCAAGGGUUCUGGCCUUUCCGUCAAGAAACUGCAACAGAAGUUAGGAAGAAAAGGCGAUCAAACACCUUCAAUUAUGAUUGCAGAUGAUGAAACCAUACGCCAUUUACGUACACCUCAAUUCUUAGCGACUGAUAACGGAGAAGACGAAGAUAUCCCCGUUAUCUCUGAUGUACCAUCUACUAUUCAUCGUGUUGGAAGCGUUCAAUCGAAUGCUACAGAUGAAGUUUUCCGUAAUAAGGGUGCUGGACAAGUGGAAGGGCAAGGCCCCAUUACUCAGAAACAACUUCAGGAAGAGCUAACCAACUUGAGUUUUAACAGUAUACCAGCAAAGGGACAACAUUUGAUAUUGAAUGAGCUUAUGAAGAUGAAUUCUACAAAAGACUCAACAACCAUUAUAUUUUCUACUUUACCAACACCUGAAUUAGGAACACAUUUAAAUAAUGACGACUCCUAUGACUAUGCCAAUAACUUAGCUAUAUGGAUGGAUAAUUUACCUCCUAUGCUUUUGUUUAACUCGCAAACCGUGACAGUUACGACUGCGUUAUAG